AUGAGAAGGAAUGGCAGUAAGGGGGAGGUCGGACUAGCGGCUGCAUUCUCGGUCAAGGAAUUGAAAUUGAGUAUUCAGCUGUGUUAUGAUCAACCUGAUAUUAAGGAAGGACAAGGAGAAAUCGUGGUAGGUUUCACCUUGAUCCUGCCAUUUGAUCCAUAUGCAGACUCACUGAAGUUUCUUUUGGCAACCUACUUGAUCCCUUAUGUUGGAGAAAAUGGUUAUGUUGGCACAGUUUCUUACCUUAGAAAAAGAAAAUAUUGUAGAUUGGCUGCAUCACUGUUGGCGGUUGAGGCGGGACAAGAUGCAAUCGUACGUGCAUUUCUGUAUCAAAGAGCCUAUGAGAAGGUGCAGCCCUAUAACCUCACAGUGGCUCAUUUUACAAACCGUAUUUCUAUGCUUAGGAACGAGCUUGGAAUGUGUGGGAUCAAAGAUGAAGGCAUCAUAGUGCCGGAAGAGCUCGGGGCCGAGAAUCGGACGUCCAGUAACAUCAUAUCGGCCGAUCCUAGCUCGCUUGCGUAUGCAAGAACACCGCCGGAGAUAUUGAGGAUUGUUUACUCAAGUGGGAAUGAAUCACUGCCGGGAGGAUUUUACCCUGAAGGUGCAAAUGGGAAAAUUGCAAGGAGCUUCCUGAAGAUCAAGUAACACAACUAUAUCUCAAGGCCAUUAUCAGAUUGCCUGCUAAU